AUGUGGGAGGCCAUCUGCUUCCUGCCCCUGGAACUACUUCAGUCCCUGUUUGGAAAACCUACCUGUCGCGAGGGUGGCCUCCCCCAGCAACAGAUACUAUGUCUUUAUCUAUAUGAUAUGCUAAUAUAUAGUAUAUCUAUGAGGGCUCAUUGUUUUGGCUCAGUCGUUUUGACAACUACCAUUACCGACUCUCCUGCUAAGGAAUAUUUCUCGUGGUUCAAAAAGCAUUCGCAUUGGAUAAAUAUGCUGGAGAUCGUUCUGAAAUGUGCUAGACCAUGCUUUGAUCAGCUGCUCAGCCAGUAUAACUACGACGAGCUCCCUUCUGUCAGCGGUCUUCGACUCCCCUCUUCUACUGGCUGGGGGCGGUUAACCGCGCAACCAAACCAGCGCGAUAAUACUAUGUUGAAAGAAUCUCGCUUUCUGAAAAGCACUCCUCUCUACUAA